AUGGUACCAAAUGCUGAUGAAUGGUUAGAAAAAUUAAUAUCAAAAGCCAAUACAAAAGAAGAUGUAUCAGAAGUAGUUAAAAUUUGUACAAAAGGUCGGUUUCAUACAUGUAAAAAAUAUUUUGAAGUUUUCAAACCGUACAACGAUAAGAAAUUUAUUAUUAAUGCAUUAGAAGCAUUACCUAAUAAAAUAAAAGAACGAGCUUUGUUAAAAAUGAUUCCUAGUUGUAGUUUAAGUUUGUACAGUCAAUUAUUUUCAAAAAAAUAUGAUGAAAGACUUUUUGAAAAAAUUCUAAUGUGUACAAAAUGGCACGAUAUAUAUAAAAGAUUUGAGGUAAAUCCUAAAUAUGAAAUAUUUUGUAAAUCAAUUAAGAAGCAGUUGAGUAAUUAUCCAGGAUUUACAGAUUAUCUUGGAUGCUUAUUUUUAAGAGAACUUCCAUACGUUGAUUAUUUUACAAGUAUUGAAGAUAAUUGGUAUUAUGAUUUAAGAGUAGCUUAUUCAGAAUCUGAUUUGAAUAGAGCAAUACUUAUGCAAUUUAAUCCUAAUUUUAUUUUAUUUAUGAAUGGUAUAAAAAUGAAACAUCAAAUUGAAGAAAUAAGAAGAAGAAAAUUAUUAGGUGAUCAAUUACAAAAUGAUAACAAAAAAAUAUCUGAAGUUUUAGAAAAAUUAAGAUUUCAAAAAGAUUAUUUAGAAUUUCUUCCAGAAGCAUCUAAAAAGGCUGUUGGUGGAUUACAACCACUUAAAACAUAUCAAUUAGAAUUAGUUUCUGUUGUUGAUGAAGAUACAGAAAAUCAUAUACUUUGGAUUCCUGAAAAAGCUGGUAAACUUUCAAUUAUUUCACAUAUUGCUGUCAAUCAUUUCCAAUUACAUUGUAAAGAACAACAACUUACACGAAUGUUAAUUCUUGUACCUCAUUUUAAAUAUGUACAUUAUUAUAAAAUUUAUAUUCGUGGACUUUGUUCAGAUUUAUUAAAUAUUUAUGGAGUUGUUGAUUGUGAAAAAAAUUUUAACAAUAUUAAUAAAAUUAUGGCACAUGAUCUUGUAAUUAUGUCUGGGCAAAUGUUUUAUGAUUUAUUAAAAGUAAACAAUUCAAAUUACAAACUUUAUUUUCAAGAUUUUUCAUUAAUUUUUAUUGAUCAUUGUGAAGAGAUUAUUGAAGCUCAUAUAUAUAAUUCAAUAAUGAAAUUAUAUAAUCAAUAUAUUUAUAAAAAACCAAAACUUAUUGGAAUAACAGAAUAUCUUGGUAGACAUGCUGAAAAUAGUGAAAAUAAUAGUAUGGAUAGAUUAGCAGAUUUAUGUCAUAUUUUUUGUUGUUCAAAAAUAGAUAUAGUUAGAAAUAAUAUUGAAGAUUUUUAUAUAGAUGUACCAAAAAAAUUUCAGGAAAUUGUUAUUAGUCUAUCAGUACCAAAUUGUUUUAAUCAAAUGAUUUUUAGAGAAUCUUAUACAAUUGAAAAAGCUAUUGAUAAAUAUUUAUGUGAAUUGUCUGGUAAUAAAAAUUAUCAAGAAAAUAAAUUUCCUGACAUUGAAGAGACUGAAACUUAUGAAACUUAUUUAAAUAAUAUUGUACAAAUAAUCCAACAACAACUAGAUGAAAAUACAAAAAAAAUACUUUUAUCUUCUAUAAAUUUUCUCAAGUGUUUGGCUUUUACAUAUUCUAUUCAUAGUGUUAUGCCAAUUAAAUAUCUUUUUAAUAAUUGUGUUUUAAGAUUAAAAAGAUGUAUUCAAAAUUGUGAAGAUAUUUCAUCAUUGUCAAAAAUCUUAUUUGAAUCAUAUAAUAGAAUUCUUCUAUUAAAUAAUGAUCCAAAGUUUGAAAAAACAAAAGAAGAACGAAAUUUUCCACUUACGCGUUUGGAAAAAUUUAUUAAACAGUCAAGUAAAAAAAAUUAUAAAUCAAAAAUUCUUGUACGUGUAAGUAAUGAAGUCAUUGCUGUAGCAUUGGAUCAAUGGUUUGCAGAGAAUGAUUUUAGAGGAAAAUACAAUUGUAGUCAUACUUAUGUAAUCAACUUUUCUGAUCAUAAUCCAAAUAAUGAAGAAAUCGUUACAUUCUAUGAAGAAAGAAUACAAAAAUUUAAAGAUGGAAAAGUGAAUAUAUUAAUUACUACAGACAUUUCUCAAGAUGAUAUUGAUAUAAGUAUUCUUGAUGCUUUUGUUAGUUAUAAUUGUCCAAUUACAUAUAAUAAACCUACUGGAAAUUUUAAAGCAUCAAAAGGUCAUCCAAAAAAUAUGAUUCUUAUAUUAUCAGAAGGUUUAUUAGAAUUGAACGAACAAAAACUUUUUGAAAGAGAUAAAAUGAUGCAUUGUGUUGCCACAAAAUUACGUAAGACAAAUGAUGAAGACUUUAAACGUUUUAUUGAAAAAAGAAUUAAAAUAAAUGAAAUAAUGAAUAUAAAUUAUACUAAAAUUACAAAAGAAUUUUCAAAUAAAAAUAAAGAUGCAACAUAUGAAAUUAAAUGUUCAUCAUGUAUGUCACAUUUAUGUUUAUCAAACGAUAUUGGAAUUUUUGACAAUAUUUCUAAUAUUAUUGUUAAUUCAAAUAUUUGGUCUAAGGUUAUUUAUACAACAGAUAAACAUUACAAAUAUACCAGAACAAUUAUGCGUGUUGGAUUGGUAUAUUGUAAAGUAUGUAAAACACAAACUUCUGAUGAAAUAGAUGAAAAUAAUGCUUUGGGUAUAAUAAUAAAAGUAAGACAAGGAUUUUUUAUUAAAUUAAUGACAAGAGAUAUAACUUUUAUUGAUACUGUUACCAAAGAAGAACACUAUAAAAAAGAAUGGAAUUUAGUUGAAAAUAGUUUAUUUUUAGCAAAUGAAAUUUCUGAAGAAGAUUACUUUAAAUAUUGUCAAGAAACAAUGUGUCAUGAUCCUGAAAUGCACCUUACAUUUACAAAAAAAAUGUCUAGUUACAUCAAUAUAUGUAGAAGUUCAGUAAAUCAUAAAAGUACAUAA